GCGGUCAACGUUGUUCCUCUCGGUACCGUCAUGUUGUGCGCGAAGACUCCUGGAGGUUUGCUCAAGCUGCACAGUAACGGCUUGUACGACGAGUGCAAACUGCCUAUCAGAGGUGUUAAUGGUGUGAUAGUGACCAUCAAGCGUUUCGCGGGGUACGGCUCGAACAUGCCGUUGUGCUCUCACUUCAAAGACCUUUACGAUGGCGGCAGCAAGCGUCUUCCAUCGCCAGAGCAAUAUCUCGAUCUCGCGCUGAUGGUGCCGAAAGAACGUCCGGUUCUUCCGCCAGAGCAUGUUUUCUGGCUUCUGCCACCCCGUGAGGGGUCGUCCGGCUUGGCUCAAGAAACUCCAGGUACGGCAGUGGGGCGCAAGAGUCUGAUUCAAAACGUUGGGGGUCGGGUCAAGGGACGCAGCGUUCACACGCAGGUCGUCCCGGAUGCUCUUGGGAACACGUCAGACUUGCAUUCUCAUGGGACAGGGACUCAACGGGUCGGUACUCCGAAAAUUAUCAAGGUCCGCUGCGGCGGCGACACGUAUUCGCUUCGAGAUGAGACGACAAGAGAUUCAAGCAGAUCGGGGCUAGAUGUCGGAGGGAAUGAGGCUGAAGGGAUGGGCGCUGUCCGCGAAAGCUCUGGCGGGGUGCAGACUCCUUCGGAGUCCUUCGGAGAAGAAGAGCGAGCGACAGAGGAUUGUGCGAGAGGAGGUGGCGGAAGAAACCCUCCGCAUGAAGAGGAGGAGAGGAAAAUCGGAGGCGGUGAUGGGCGGGGAUGGAGGCGGAAGACUGCUGAGGCGACGAGUGGGGGCGAACGGCCUGUCGGUGAGGAGUGCGACAAAGCGGCAGCGUUAUGGCACGAAUACGAGCGGAACGAUGGCGGUGAGAUCGUGGAGAAAGAGCUCCUCGUCCAACUGCUCAUCGACCCCAGGAAGGUUUGCAACAUCCUGUCUUGGGGAAAAUAUUACAACCACCGCAGUCUAAAUUGGGAAACCGUGGACGACAUCAAGGCUGCGAUGCUGAGUCAAUACCUCGAGAAAAGGGGGAAGAUCUGGACGAAAAACCCUUUGGUUCUAGCACCCAUCUAUAAGCCGGUAAUGCGUGGGUCGGAGAUAGCUAACAGGGUUCAGAAAUAUGACUUCAAGACGGAGGACAAGGACAAGUACUACUAUUACCCUGUUAACGGACAACACACCGUGGCUGCUGUGAAGGAGUUGGAGUGUGAGCCAAUAUUCGAUUUGUGGAAGAUGCACUCCUGGCCGGCGAGAGUAGUGUGGUUCUCCGACCGAGAUUUCGCGGGGUGUAGGCAGUGGACGCCGGUCGUGACGGCCGGUGAUGACGUUUUUCGCAAAGUCAUGGAGUUCUACGCGAAAUGGGCGGAGGGGAAGUUGUUGGGCAGCGACGGUAAAACGCCAUUGUCGAGGCCGGGUAAAUACAUGCCUGACAAAUCUUCGGGUCUGCAAGCAAUUCCUGAAAAUGGCACGAAAGGGGCGGCUGGUGAAACGAAGAUGGGGUGGCUGGUCCGGGUCCCGCCGCCUCCGACCAAAAAGAAAACGCAAGCGGACGACAAGUUUUUCAUGGUCGUGAAGGAGCCAGACAUGUUCUGUUGGCAGUCUCUCGCCAACAUGACCGAUGUCGAGAAAAUGUCGAUCCUCGACGACAUUCUCGCACUAAGAGGAGUGUUCGUGCAAUCCGCGGGCGGCCAUCUGAAGCGUCAGCAUAAACCUGAAAUUAAAGAAAUGGUCGCGACGACGAAAGUGGACCGUGUGAUGCUCCGUAUGUUCUACUACAUCUUGUUCCUUGAAACGGAGGAGAACGAACGUGUUUGGCGCCACGGGAGCCCAUUUUUUCGGACCGAGGGGAAGCUUCUGGAGGAGUUCGGGCCGCAGGGCCUCAGGAAACAUGUGCGGGUCGAAAUGCGAAAGCAUUUCCAGGGCGCGGUGGAGUACGUGAACCCUUGCAAACGUACUCUUUCACACGAGAAGGAGUCCAUUGACGACGCGAAGAGAUUGUACGAUGAUGACAGGUUCCCUAAAUCUUUCGAAAAAUCUGUCCGUUCCAUCUUGCGACGGACGGACGAAGAAGUUCGAGACACGAUCAGGGUCAGCGGGGAUGUGAGGCACAUCAAAUGGCCCGACCUCAACCGGGUGACCAGCCUUAUUCCUUUCGCUUUUUCGCCUUCCUAAGCUCACAGUCAUGUCACUGCGAUCCGUGAGGUUGUGCGACAUUACGUGUGCAACCUGUA